CAUGCGCAACAGGAAACUCCAUGAUCUGGUUCUGGAGCCCAGGGAAGGAAAACAGCCACUGAGAAGAGAGAGGCAGGGGUAGCUGGGAAAUCCAGCAGCAAGCACAGGCCUGAGCAAUCCAACUGCAUAACCUGCCCCCCCUCCUAUCAUCUCAGCAAAGGGACCCCCAGGGGGGCAAAUAUGGUUCCCUGGACACUCUGUGGUCAACGGCUUUCCUAUGCAUCCAGGCACAGACCCUAGUAAAAGAGCAACCCCCCAGUGCCAGCCCAGAGGAGCCUAAGGAGGGGCUGCUGCAAGAACACAACAACAUCAAGCAAGCAAACAAAACAAUAACAAGAAUGAGAGGGAAGCAAUAAAAAAGGAGCAGGUUUUAUUGCUCUUUGUUGUUUCAUUUAUUUACCCCAGUGCUACAAAGGCCUGGAGGGGAAGGGGCUGCUGGAGGGGAGAUCCCUGGUCUGCUGAACCUGCCUGUCACCCUUGCUGCUGCUGGAAAAGUUGAUCUGCUGGAGGAAAGAUGGAUCCCUAGCAACCUCAGUGUACAGUUAUCUUGCAGCUCCAAAGGAAUACUUAAGGAGCAAGUGACUAACGAUCAACCCUGCCUCUUCCCACAACGGGAACACUACAUGCUGUUACUGCGCCAUGCUGGGCCGUGAGGAUCGCAUGCAGACCUAACGCCCGUACUGUGCCGCGAUGAGCAGGUACAAGAGAGAAGAGAGAACAAAAUGAAUGGCGGCAGUGAAAGUGGAGGAGGAGAUAACUAUGGAGGGUUGCCAGCGGUCCAAGUGCCAAUUGGCUGGCAGAGGCGGGUGGAGCCGGGCACUGUGGUGUACAUCAGUCCAAGUGGUACAAUUCUUACCUCUAUGGAUCAAUUACGAGCCUACUUAGUGACUGAUGGAACCUGCAAGUGUGGGCUGGAGUGUCCACUUAACAUCUAUAAGGUUUUUAACUUCGACCCAAGAGCAGUGGUGAAACGACGUAGCGCAGAAGAUGUGAAAGCUGAAGAGGACAUGACCAAACUCUGCAAUCAUCGUAGGAAAAUUGUGGCCCUUGCUACUCUGUACAAGAGCAUUGAGAGUACUCCCCUUGCACUACAAAGUCAAGCUGCUGGAUGUGGCUCUAGUCAAAAUUUUCAUGUACCAUCCACCAGCCCAAAGAUGGGGCAACACCCUUGUUCUCUUGAUCCUGACAUCUUCACCAAACUUAUUAUGGAGAAGGCCCACAACAUGCCUGCUCACCACUCAGAGAAACCCCUGGAUCACAAAUCGGAUGCUUUCACUCCCAGUCCUGGAGAAAGGUACUCUGGCUUACGAUCCAGCCAACGGCCUGCCUUGUCCAGACAGCAUGGGGCACCUCUUAAUGAGUCCUAUGCCUUAAGGAACUGUCCACCAGUGCCAUCUAAUGGCAGCUAUGAGGUGUUUUCAAGGACUCCACAAGCCAUAUCUCUUGAGCUGUGUUCCAGUUCUUUUACACAAGUUAAGUCUUCCCAAAACCGACCACCCUACCCUUCAUGUAGUCAAGAACUUUCAGGCCUGUCCCCCAAACCGUUAGCUCUUAAUACUUGUAGUUAUGUGCCAGGUGGCACCUUUUCCCGUACGCUGGAUGAGUCUUCUCAUGGCUCAAGACGGCCUUUUGCCUUUCCUGAGAAAGAUCCAUUGGGCAUUUUGGAUUCGAACAGCUGUAGGCCACCUAGUCCAAAGCACCAUGUAUUGAACUCUCCUCCUUUAAUUCAGUCUCAGGUUCCCUUAAUGAACCCUCACCCUACUCCUGAAAAUAACCCAGGCAACCUUUCCUCUCCUGCCUUGCCGCCACCUUUCUCUCCUUUCACCCGUAGUGGAGCGCUGACUUCUCCAUCUACCACUAGGUCCUCAAUAUCCUCCAUAUCUUCCCCAGCUGGCAGUGUGGAGCGGUCCCCUCAGCGUUCCCGACACUCGUCUGCCUCCUCUGAGCACUUUUCUGCCCAUACAAGGUCAAGCUCUAGAUCUCCACGGCCUGUCAGCUCCCCUAAGCGCUCUGUGCCCCACAGUCCAAAAGCAAUACUUGAAGGCCUCCCUCCCUUUGGGCAGGCCCAACUGGGAUCUUCUUCAAAUGCCAGCUAUGCCUUAACCCACCAAAGCAAUAAAACAGCACCACCGGUGUCUUUGGGAACAGCGCAAGGAUUACUGGGCUUUCCCCUCGGGUGCAUAUUGGGCCAGCAAAGUAAUGCUUCCUUUCCAGCCAGCAGCCUCCUUACAGCAGCUGCUAAGGCCCAAAUGGCAAAUCAAACCAAACCUGAAGCUGCAGCCCCUAGCACUUUACCCAGCCGAGUGCUGAAUCCCAACACGUUGCUUUCUGCAACUGUCACACAGGAAGGUCGGGCUCUUCCCAGCAGGACUCAGUCCCAAAGAAGGGAUGUAAUGGUGAAGCGCAAAAGACAAAGAAACUCUCCGGGCCCUGAUGUAAGUCCACAGGAUGCUAAUGGGCAUCUCCAUAACCCCGCUAGUCCUAGUGGACUCUCCAAAUUGAAUUCUUGUGUUUCAAAGUUAACAGGAAUUGGGGGGCAACUUGAAGAAGACAUCGGAAGAUCCAAAGCUUUUCAUUCACAUUCAAUUUCUGGUCAUAACCCCUCUUCUCUUCAAAUGCCUCGUUCAUCAGUAGAGGAGUGCCCAAGCCAAAGCAAAAAUCCAAGCUUAUCCCCAGCUUCCCAAGAUAUCAGCAACCAUCUACUUGGCCUUGUAGGGCAAUUAGUCCAGACUGCUACUGAGCAGAACUCAGGGACUUCCUUACCACUGAAGUUACCAUCUGGGACAAAUCCAUCUUCCUCCUCUGGCCGACAUAACCAGUCUCCAGUACCAAAAUCUUCUCCUGCUCCUAACCUGGCACCGAGCAGUGUCACAGAAGGCAACAAUGAGCUGCCUUGUUCUUUGCCCUCUGCUGGGGAUAACUUCUUUUUGGGCCAGGAGCAAGUCUUGCCUUUUGCUGCCACCCCUGCCCUAUUUAACCUAGCGAUGUUGGGAUCUUUGCCAUUCUCGCUCAGCUUGAACCAGCACCAACAACUUUUUAAUCAAGGCUUACUCAAUCUACUCUCCUCCUCUUUGUUAGGAAGUGCAGAUAUUGGCCUCUUGGGACUGCAGAACCCACCUUUGGCCUUGCCUUCUACUGUUGGUGACCCUGAAUGCAGUGUUCUGCAGGCCUUGUUGAUGGCAUCUCUUCUCCAUAAUCCUCUUUUACCACUGGGAGCGCUUGGACUUCCACAACUUGAUCUUCCGCCACAUAGCCAACAACAGAGCACUCUUCUGUCAUCCCUCACACCUCUGUUGGACUCUCUGCCCACUACACAGACUGACACAGCUGAGAAACACGAGGCAUCUCUUACCUUGCCUGAUACUUUCCCUGAAAAUGCCCUCCAGCCAUUGCUCUUCCCUCCUGUAUCUGCUUCUCCAGCCCUGAUGGCUCUGAAUUCCGCACUACUGGCUGCCAGUCUCGGGGCUGUAGACUCCUCUACCUGCCCUGGACAGAGCUGCAUAAAUACCUCCUGCACCGGGUCUGCCUCCGUUACCACAACCACUAAUUCACCUGCCUUAUCAGAGUGCAAACUCCCUCCAUCCGAGCCACACAGCCCCUUCCACCUCCAGCCAUCACAAACACCUACGUCUGGAAGGCUCAACACACUAAUGCCCCCAUUUCUAAACCCACUGCUUACUGCUGGAUUGUUAGGAGACCUUUCUGCACUGAACGCAAAUACCAGUGCUCAAAUGGGAAGCCUCCAGUCUCUUCUGGGGGCUCAGGCCCUGCUACAGAACCAGCAAGCUUUUCUGCCCUCUCUUCCUGGAACUUUGGGAAUGCAGCUCUUCCAGGGACAGUCUCUGCUGCAAGGACAACGCAGCAAUGCCCAGAACCACUCUUUAACAACAUCCGAGAAAGAAGUCAACCUGUCAUCCCAGCCAGAAUGUUGCGAUACACCCACAUCACAAGCUCCACCAAUCUCUCAGCAUCCUGCUGACUUCAGUUUCCCUUCACAGAGAGCUGAUAUGACUAACAAGUCUCACACCUUGUCCCUUUCCCAUUUGCGGCCUGGUUCUUUUAUCUCCAACACCUCAAGUGCCUUUGAAACCAGCCCCAGCCCCAAAGGCCCUCCUUUUCAGGGACCAGACCGUACUGACCUUCCUCCAGACACACCCUCUGAUCCCCCAAGAACAGACUCAUUACCCCCAUUACCCCAGUCCUUGGAUCCCUCCUCAUCUGAGACAGAACUAGAGGCAUCUCCACUGAAAAGGUGCAGACAGCUGACUGAUUCUGUGAUUCCCUCUGAAGUACCUAAUGGAGCUUAUCCAAACUUUCUCCCAUGGAUGGGCACCUCUCAUCCUUCCAACACACUAAGCCUUCCCGAGAUAGAGCUUUCCAAGGGCAAAGAGCGGGGCUAUAGGUUCAAUGGUCGCUCCCGAGGUGAGAGGUCUUACGGUCGCCGGCCGCGUGGUGAUAGGCUCUCCAGCUCCAGGCACUCUUACUGGAGAUAUAAUGGUGAAGACAUUGCACACAAUGAUGGAGAAGAAGCAGGACAAAGCCAGGAACUAACACAGCCAGUGUUGGGGAUCCCUCCAUUUACUCACCACUGGCAGGAAGAGGGAGUACAGCCCAGGGAGCAGGAGGUGGAUGUGCCACCCCAGCUGCUGAAACGCUCCCGUAGAGGAAGAAGAAGAGGACAAAAUUCACAGAGGCUGAGUUCUCGUCUGGAAGCUGUUCCCGCAAAAUGGCCAAGUAUGGACCCUGGCAAUGGUUUAAAUGCUGAACGCCCUGUUGUCCGGCAGAACAGACCUGGCCGUCCUGCCAAGAACAGAAGACGAAGGAUGAUUUAGAAACGUUUACCUGCUCUUAUUUCCAAAACCUGUGUCUGCUGAUCUUCACCUCAAGGGCACUUCCCAGCCUUGCCUGGCCCACUGCACAUUAUAUUCUGCAUAGAGAUAGCUAGAGGCAGAACUUUUAUUUAUGCUCUUCUCUUUUUAAAUGCACCAAGAUCACCCAUCUGACAAGCCGCACUGGCGAAAAAGCAGUCCGUGUUCUCAUGUCUGGGUUAGAGAAUAGGUUUGUACACCAAACAGCCCCUGUUAGUGUCAGUAUGGUUUGUGACCUUAUAUCAUUUGGACCUUUGUAUGAAAUAGAGGGACACUUGAGGUCAAGAUACUUUGGAGGUUAUGAAACUUAUAUCCAUUAACAUAUUAAGUUAUUUAAAAGACCCCACCCAUUUUUUUGGAAGGGGGGCAAUUGCAUAUCACUACGGUUUUAGAGGGUGUCAUGGCAGAAACAGGUCACUAUUCCCUGUCCUGGUCUCAUAUCUUUGUAUAUAUACAUCUCUGAGUUGGGUCAUGUGUUUUCACAAUACAAAAUGGGUUAUGGAGAAACACUGUACAAAGGUGUAGUUAGCCAGUGACUCUUCAGAUUGUAUUACACUACAACUCCCGGAAUGCUCAUUCAGCUGCAGAACUGGAGCAGCAUACUGGAAGUAGUGGUAUACACGCGGCUGGAGGAGCUGCUGGCUGGCUGCACCUACUAUGAAAAGCUGUCACUAUAAGAGAUAGAGCCGUAAGUAGGCUCUCAGAAGCACAAUCUGCAUUAUCCACAUGAUUUCUUUUUGACCAUUACACUAUUUUAAUUUAUUUAUUCUUUUUUGUAUGUAUGUAUGUAUGUAUGUAUUGUUCCUUCCUUUUUCUCCCCCUUUAUUUCUACAUUCUGGUACAUUGGGCUUAAAGCUUCACUUAAAAAGGCUGUGGCGGUCCUGGUCUCUCUGCACAUAUCACGUUUGUUUCCUUCCUCUCCCGCUUGUAUGCAGCAUGUCCCCACAGCCACUGUAAUGUAAUCAUGCAUCUUGUGUCUUAUGUGGACCCUCUUUGUAUUUGCAGUCUCAGUAUCCCAAUAUUUCUAUACAUAACUGGCACUAUAUAUUUGCAGGGCAUAGACAGUUUGUUAGGGUGCAUCUCUUAGCCAUUGUGUUUCAUGUACUGUUAAUUACAUUGCAUAACCAGGCAAAUAAAUGGGCGGAUGCCCCUCUCCAUAAUCUAAAUGAUACCCCUACAUGAAACAACCAACAAGGGGGUAAAUGUAAUAUCCCGCAACUUGCAGGCAUCAUCGAGGGACCGACAUGUCUGCCCAAUGUUUUAAAGAGGCAAUCAUUUAAAAAGGCAAAACCCACCUGGUUUUGCUUUUAAUUUGAUUGCUGCUUGAAAACAUCAGGCAGAUUCGUCGGAAUCUCCGUGAUGCUGCAAGUUGCAGGUUAUUACAUUUACCCCAAAGUUUUAAUACAGAGCAUGGAACUUUUAAGGGGACUUUUAAUAUCCUUUUCUAAUUUUUAAUUAAAAAUCCAUGGUGGGUCCGCUAUAGAUUACCCGAAAGUAACUCAUGUAUCUUAAAUGGCCAAAUAAUAAGGAGCAAGCUUUCAUUAACUAUAUGUUUCCUAUCCAAUAUUUUAUCACAUUAAGGUUUUAAAAGCACUUUGUGAACUGUGUGUGUCUGUGAAGGCUGGGUGCGCUGUUUUAGUUGUGAGUGCUUGUUACGGUGUUGGUAAUACUCCCUACAUAUAACAGUAACUAGUUUGUACAACUUGUACAGACAAACAAAAUGGCUGCACCCUCCUACUUCAGUGCUUCUGUUUUCCAGUAUUUAGAGCCUGAAACUGCAUAUCGGAGAGAUGGGCUGAUGGAAAGAAUAUUAUGUUUUUAAAUUUGAUUAAUUAGGAUUAUUUUUCUCAAUUAAAUUUCCUUUUUAAAUAUGCCAUAUGGGGUUUAUCAAAAUAGCCGUUUCAAUUUACCCUGGCAACAUACACUUAUGGUCUGUAGGUGAGCAGUUAGCUGUUGUGUAUAUGCAUUGUUUCAUUUGCAAAUUACAUUGAUACAAUAGCAGUUAGUGAUUCCUAUAAGUGAGAUCCGACACUCAAUGGACAUGUCUGACAGACUUGGAUUUGUUGUGCAAAAAGAUGUUAUAAAAUCAAAUGUCAAAUUCCAUUAUCCGCGUGAGUUAUAUCAGAUUCUCAGCAUAUUAUGCUACAAGAUUGGGUGGCCUUUGAACCAUUUAUUUUGUAGCUGUGCAAAGUAGUCUACGUUUCAAAAGAAAAAAAAGAUAGUUUGUACAUUCUUAUAACAGAAUGAAUUGUGACUAGAUAAUCUUUUAGGGGACGAUUCAGUUACAGGAGCGCUGCCAUCAGCACUUUGUACUGCGCUGUAUGGUGGUCUGAUUGCACUCGCACCUCCAUAGGCUGCGAGCACAAUCCGUUAAUGCGCAGGUGCCGCCAGAACAGGUACCGGCAGAUUCUGCAGCUGAGAGCAUAUCUAAUGACUCUUUCUCCCUGUCAUGUACAGAUGUUUUCUGUAGAAAAGAACAGCCAUUAUUAUCAAUAUAUUUCUUGCAUAAAUUAUUUGUUUACCAUUUGAGUGAAAGCCGUUACAGAUUUAUCUUACAAUUUAUAACAGGAACCUGUUUCUAUAACAGGAUUACCCCAACCGGUCUAAUUAAUUUGAAAAUAUGUAACUUUUUAAAAUGGACUAAUCUAUUAAGCACCACUGUGAUAGCGGAGGCAGGGAAGAGGGUAGGCAUGCUCAGUAUCUUCUGGAAAAAGAUUAGAAAGAAAAUAUAUCAUUUUCAUUUGUGAUAAAAUAUAAUAAUUCCCAGCCAAAUCGUCAUAUAGUAAAAUAAGAGCCACUUAACUAGGUAGUAGUAAUUGCAUUUUAAGAAGAUAUAAGUUAAAUGGGUGCAGUAUGAGUUGCCGGUGGCCGGGUCCCCGGUGGCCAGCAUACCGGUGCCGGGAUCCCGACCUCCGCCUUGCCGACAGCAGGGUGAGUGCAAAUGAGCCCCUUACGGGUUUGCAGCGCUCACCACUCUGCGGGCACAGUGGCGCACUACGCACACCACCCUAUCUAUUCUCCCUCCAGGGGGGUCGUGGACCCCCAAGAGGGAGAAAGGGUGUCGGUAUACCGGUUGUCGGGAUUCCGGCGCCGGUAUACUGUGCGCCGGGAUCCCAACAACCGGUAUACUGAAUACCACCCAGUUAAAUAUAUAGGAGGGAAAACCAGCAGUGUCAACAAAGGCUGAACCUUAUUAAUAUUAACUAUUACAUAUUAGAUAAUCAAUAGAAAACGUUUUUAAACACAAUAUUAUAUAAACGUAUUCAAUAAAUACUUAUUUGACCACACUGAGAUGCUGAUGGAAUAUAAAUAAAUUCAUACAAAAGGUAUAAUUAAUUAUUACAUAAGUUCCUAUGUCUUUCUCUGAUAAACCCCAUACGCCUACAUUUAUUACUGCCUUAAAACGCACAUUUUCAAAUAGAAUCCCUGACCUAACUUCUUUACUUAUUUAUACUUGUGUAACAAAGAGGUAAGAGGGCCAUGCCGGCAAUAUUGCAGUCUCCUGGAAUAACAUAUAAUAAUAUACCUGUUAAAACUAAUGGUUCCCACUCUGUAAAUAGUUACAUCCUGGUUACCAAGUGUUGCUGAAGUAGACAGCAAGUUUAUGGGAGAAGUCAGGCAGUCCCUAUCUUUGCCUAAUGCAGGUAAAUAAAGAAACAUGGACACACACAAACCACUAUCAUCCUACAAAUGCAGAGAUUCCAUAAAAAGCGCUGUACAAAAACAAUAAUAAUAAAACACAACUCUACAGUUCUGUAAAUAUGCACAAAGUUUGUCAAUAUGGCAAAAGACAUAAAAUGGUAAAAUUUCAACACGCAAUAUAAAACCCUGAAACAAAAGCACAUUCCCAGACACCUCUUCAGUGUAUAGGGUGGAGUAUAGAAUCGGAUGUAAGGAUUGGGAACUGUAUUGGCUAAUAGUGGCCCACAACCGAGAAGCAGCUGAGAUUACAUAGUCGUUUUCAGAUAUCUCUUAAUAACGUUACUACGUUUACACAGCCUGAAUCAGGAUAUAUUAACCACAGACAAUGCUAUCAAGUAAUUAGUGAUUACAGCAACAGCCUUCUCAAAACUGGAGCAAUCAGUCAAUGAAACAAAAUAUGAGGGAUUGCGCUUUGCAGCACCUUAUAAUUAACAAUAAUAACAGCUGCUGAGGAACUAGACAUCCCAGCAUGCCCUUCCACAGUAUGUUUGUACAUGCUAAAACUGUGGCAGAGCCUGCUGGGAUGUGUAGCUCCAUAGCAGCUGGAUGGCCACAUGUUGAAUACCACUGCCUAUAGCACAACUAUGCAUCCAUAAGCACUGGUCUAGCCAAAUCUGUAAACAAUGAUGAUAUGUAUGUAUUUAUAAAUGUAUAUAUGUGUGUGUACAUAUAAAUAUAAUGUAUAUUUAUUUAUACACACAAUGCUCAUACAACUGUUCACACUAUAAAACAAUGGUGUCUGUGGCUUGAGUGGAAAGUGGCAGUACACAUCUUUGCCAUCACAGUACUCCAUCCACGAGAGUAUUUGUCAUUAUUAGCAUUGGUACUUACACCUACCCCAUGUUAGGUGGAUGAGAUGGGACUGAAUUUAGCAUCCAAAAUGGGAACAUAUCACUCAGGAUGGAAAGUAACUCUGGCUACACUCCCAUGACACACCCACAAAAUGUUGUCACCCAUUUAUUACCCAGCAACUCCCAUUUAGCGAAUGAGAUGUGAACCACUGAAUCUCGCGUACAUUCGGAAAGAUGCUUAGGCCGUCUGCAACAUAUGCACAGUAUGGAAGUAACCGAUAGGUGCUCCCGAACUUUGAUAUGCAUGUGACUCUGUCCCGUAGAGUGUUUCUCAAAAUCCACAAAAAAAUAGGUAGCAAUAUUUAUGGUUUUACCAACACUUUUAAAAAUUGUUUAAAUAUAUAGAUGAUUUUGAAGAUGAUCUAAUUUUACAAGCGUUUUAAGAUAUAGGGAAUAUGGUAACCAUGUAUAAUGUGUCCUGACGGCAGAAAGCUCCCUUCAUCCUUCUCACCUACCUGUGACGCCCUAACGCAAUCCUGGCACUUCUAGUUGUUGUGUCUCUAAAAACAUUUAUUCUAAUUGUCCUGUCUGAGUACAUGAACAAUUUAUUGUGGAUGCAAAGUGAAAUUGUAUUUUGAAUCAUGGAUGCAGGGUGUCAGGCAGACUUUCUUCAGAGCAAGGAAAGGAAGAUUUUGAGGCAAAUUAAAUGGGAUUCGUUAAGAGCAGAAUUAAAGUAGACUCCCACUUGGUAUUUCCAACAGGAUGUAGCCGCUUUUCUCUAGUAGAAAAGGAUACACUCACCCCUUCUCAUCACCUGUAAUCAACACACCACAUUUCUGUAGCACCAGCAGCUACUGAAUGCCAUGAAGUGCUCUGUAAGACAUCUAGGACAUGGGGUCCAUGUGGCUUUGCAAGGGUAGGUUGAUGAUCUUGUGGGAAUUUGUACCUGGAGGGAUUGCCUGUUGUUGGUGUUAUUGGUGAAUCCAGUGGCGAGAUGUGGUUGUGAAUGUAGUGGCAGUGCUUGUUUUCAGUAUUGUCAAAAAACAUCCCUCUAAAUAGCAACGCAGUAAUAAUGACCAAUCUACUUUUAGGUUAUUGAGACUAAACUUCUCCAAACUGUUGCAUGUGGGGAUAAAACAUUAAGCAAGAAUGAUCAAUAUCUUGAUUGACAGAUGCAGCCCAGGCCUGUCUGAUGUGUAUUGAAUAAAGUUUCAUGUGAUAAUAAAAGGGCUUAUAUUGCAAUAACAGCUUCCGGGCGCACCCACUCAGUCCCCUAAAUAAAAUUUCAACCCUGAUUUUAGUUCAAUGCAGUAAUUCAGGUUGUUGAUAGUGUAAUGUUUCUUCAAGUGUACCAACUCCCAUCUAACAUAUUCAUUCUAGAAAGAAUUGGAACAAAUGCCACACAAUCUUCUCUGUGUAGCUCUAUUAUAUAACAUUUCCAGCAAACCUUGGAUAGAAACAUAGGACCGGAUGUAAUGAAGUCUAAGGUCAGCGGCCGUGCGGGAUGCCGGCUGAACUCUGACCUUUUUUUUUUUUAAGGGGAAAUCAUGUACAAGGCAAAACCAUGUCUUGUAAAUGAUUGCCCCUUUAAAAACCUCCAAGUUUGGCUGGGAACCUGCAGCUUUGGCCAACUUGGACUUUGACUACAGAUACGAACCCCUUGGCCCAUCUAGUCUACCCUAAACACAUGUACAUGCACAAACUUACACACUAGGGUUAAUUAUUUUGUUGGGAUACAUCAUGGUUAUUCAUGAGCACCUGCAGACUAUCACUAUCAAAAUGCCAUUGGACUGUCUGAGUACAAUUUUGUAUUGUUACUCAUUGACACAUAUUUCAUUAUUUUAAGGCUUCAAAGAGUCAUGCUGGUACAAUAUUUAUUACCUGUUAGUAAUGGGAUGCAGUGUAACUUGGCAGCCAACACACACAUUACAAUCUCUGCACAAAUUUCAACAAUAUUUCCAAACUUUCUGGAACAGUUCAGGAAUAUAGCCAUUUCUUAUAUGUCUGCUGUAUUUAUUUCCAGCUUGUUAUACUUAUCUUUAUUUUAUCUUUCACUGUCUAGUUUGAUAGAACAGGCUACCCCUCCUACAAAGAUGAUUAGAGGAUAUCCGUAUGGAAAGCUAGCCAAAACCACCUUGUGUUUCCCAACUCUAUAAUGUUAGUGUAUCUACAGAUGAGAUAAGCAGAAUUUUGUCUGACCCAAACCCCCCUGGCAUCAUUACUAGGCGUAUGCAUUAGUCAUAUGGUUAAUAAGUGCUACAUAAUGUUUGUAGGCCAGGACCUGAUCCAAUUACUAAAAGUUAACAUGUUAAACAUGCAUUGUGCACCUAUUUAAACAGUAAGAGUUGGUACCAAUCUGGUCAAGUAUAGCUGCUGUAAUGGACAAGUCCAUUCUUGCAGAUGACUGUCAUAAUGUCUAUAAAUGCUACUGCCCAAAUCACAGGAUGUAGCUUUGAUGCCCAAUUACUGCACACUACAACUAGUUCAAAAUAGACCAAUAGACUAGUCCAUAUUCUCCUUCCUAACUGAUGGAGGAUGCAAAGCACUUCUCUACUAACGCAUUUCACACCUCUUCAGCAGGGACAGAGCUAAUGUGUACACUCAAUUAUGCAAAUGUGUAACCUGUUAUUUGUGUUUGUAAAUAUUGUAUAGUCCCAUUUGUCUUGUUUACUUAUGAGACAAGAAAAGAAACAAUAUGACAACAACAAAAUUUUGUAUCAAUUUCAGCCUUUUCAUGUAAAAUAUUUUCCCCUUAAGUUUUUAAUAUUUUUUGUACAAAAUAAAAAAAGGAAAAACAAGACAAACUUUUACAAUUGUGAAUUUUAGCUUUUUAUAUGGAAGUUGACUUUAAUUUAACAGAUGAAAAUAUUUUGAAACAUUUUUAGAUUUUAUGUUUUCUGAUCAUUGAGGGGUUGUUUUAUUUUG